AUGGACAGCGGCGUUGGGUGCGAUGAGAUUGGCCACCUUGAAGAUUACAAGUACUACAUGACAGAAGAUAUGCAGCGUGAUGCAGGUCUUUGCAUUGACGGUCGUGCCUACUUCCUCGUGACGCCUGCCGAUAAUGAAUCCGGUGUCCUUGGCGUCCCUGGUAGCGAAGGUUGGGAGAACGAACUCACCUACGGUCGUCGUUUUGAUCUUUUGUCAGGUACCAGCGAACUACGCAAGGACAAAGGCUACUUUGGAGUCAAAUUUGAUGACAUGGUAAAAGGCUCUCUGGAGACAUUCCGUGCAAACGGCAACAAAAAUGUCGGAUAUAGAAACAGCGAGUUGAAUGGCGCCGAUUUCCUCAGGGACGCCGAACACAUGGAUCUCGGUAUCGCUGGCUUCUACCGUCUUCCCGUGUGCUCCCACACAGAGGCACACAAGAACUGGAACGACGAUAACCGAGACGUCAGUAGCCAAAACUACCCUUGCAACAGUUAA